AUGGACGGAGGAGGUGGCGACGGUGGUGGUGCCGCGUACAACCCACACACGAUGGAGGAGGUUUAUAGGGAUUUUAUGGAUCGUAGGAAUGGCAUGAUUAAGGCUUUAACCACUGUAAUGGUUCUUUUACAGCAAAACGCUCAAGCUUUCAGUCAAAUGUCAUACAACCUCUCCAUGUACAAGAUGGAAGAAGUGAGCAUUAAAACAUGGAACGGCGGGGCAGUUUGUUUAACAAUAUAUGAACGUAGAAACACUCUUCCUCAUCCACCAUUAAAAGUGCUCUUAGAGUCGUAUAUUCCGUUGAUGAAAGAGAUGGAGUAG